AUGGGCUGCCGUCCAGUCUCAAGCAGGCUUGUGGUUAUCCGCCUGAGGGCAAGUCCAUUUAACAUCACAAUAAUACAGGCCUACGCCCUUACCUCGGACUAUGAUGAUGAUGCAGUUGAGGACUUCUAUGACCACCUCCAGGAAAUCUUGGACCAGUCCCCUAAGAAGGACAUCCUUGUUGUGUUAGGCGACUGGAACGCCAAAGUAGGAGAGGAUGCAUUCAAGAAUUGGAAAGGCACUUGUGGACGCUGCUGCAACCCAGAGACAAACGAGAGAGGUUUAAGGCUCCUGGAGUUUGCUUGCUACAACGAUCUUGUGUUGGCGAAUGCACUUGGCAAACACAAAGCAUCCAGAAGACGGACAUGGCACAGCCCAAAUGGAGGAUACCAAGACCAGAUUGAUUAUAUCAUGGUUAGGAGGCGCUUCAUGACCAGUGUAAACACCGCUAAGACAAGAAGCUUCCCAGGAGUUGACAUAAGAAGCGACCAUAAUUAGGUGAUGAUGUCUUUUCGGCUACGUUUAAAGAAGAUAAAAAUGCAGGCCCCACAAGGAUUAAGUUCGAUCUUAAGAAGCUCAAAGACCCUCAAGUUUCAGAUGCCUUCCAAGCAGUGAUUGGUGGUAAAUUUGCACCACACCACUCAACUAGCUCAAUGCAUAUGACACAGAAGUGGACACACUCGUGAACUCCUUCAAUAAAGCAUUUACUGAAUGAGCUAGUGAAAUCGUAGGCAAACGCAGAGCAGUCAAAAGACCGUGGUUCACAGCUAGCCUACUGGAUCUAUACGACGAACGAAGAGCACUGAAGAAGGGGAGAGACGAGACAGCAGAAGGGACCAGAAAGUGCAGAGCAAUUAACCGGGAAAUUAAGAAGAGCAUAAAAAGGCAAAAGAGUCUUGGAUUGAUAUUCAGUGGCAAGAUAUUGAAGAUAAUAUCAGGAGGAACGAUAGCAAGAAAGCAUAUCAGCUAGUUAAAACUCUAACUAGCACAAAACAAGGAAAAACCAACACCAUACAGGACAAAGACGGGAAUUGCCUCACUGAAACCAACGACAUUCUAAAACAGGUGGACAGAAUACUGUGUGAAAUUGUACAGCCACACAGUCGUAGGUGA